AUGAAUAUGAAACGAAACACAAGCAAACUUCAUCAGCAGAAUUAUGCGAAGCGCCAACGCGAGGCCCGCAGCGCGUACAAUGAAUACACUGGAGUCACUCUGGAUCACAGCAUGGAUGAUACGAACAAGGCUGUCGAUGUGGCGAAUGAAAAUAUUGCACGCAAAUUAUCUUUUUUGACGGAGGCGAGUCACAUGUCGCGACCGGCGCGUGGUUUGCCUCGGCGUCGCGGUCCUGUGGGGGCCACGAAUGCGGUUGGUGGUGGCGGUGGCGGCGGCGGCGGUAGCGGCGGCUAUAUACGCCAUCGGCGCGGUCACAACCACAACAACAACAACAGCAACAAAGUGACCCUAGAUGAACUGGGCACGGCACGCGACUCGCGACAUCGUCUCAAAAGCGGCUAUAAUGUCUAUCUAGACUCACCGCGUCGCAAUGGCCUCACGCCACGCGCCUCCCAAAUGCAGGAGGAGCAAGCAGAAGCGGCCCUAGCUGCCAUAUCCGGAGGCGGCAACAAGCAGCGACAACAUGACACAUUAAAGACGACACAACUCUUUGGACGUCCGAGCGCCGGACAAAUGCUCAAUGCCAAGCCCCUCAAUACGUAUGUCCACGAGCAUAGUCCGGUAUAUAGCUGCAGUUUGUGCGGCGCCAAGUUUCAGAUCAAAUCGCUGCUGGGCGCCCACCGACGCACCCACGACGAUGACUUCAAGGUGCGUUUCAAGGCCCGGCGCAAGCGUGGCAGCAGUACAGUGGCGUCCCUGCCGGCGGGCAAUCAGUGUAAAUACUGCGAUCGCAAGUUCGACUUGGAGCGCACCCUACACAUACAUCAGUUGUGCCACUGCAAGAAAAUUCCGCCUCAGCAGCGCCGCAAAUUAGGCUACACGGAGCUGUUGCACGAAAAGAAGGCGCCGCUGCCUUCCUUUCAGCGCCAAGGGGGCGGGGCCCUUAACCAUGCGACCCUCGGAGCUCAUGCCAUCAGGCAGCAGCAGGAGCAGCACAACUUUGUCAAGACGGUGGUCGCCAAUUGUGCACCCGUGGAACGCUGGCGCUGAGCAAGGCGCAACCUCAGACACACAAAAACUAUCCCUGUCCCCCAGACAUUUGCUUUCUCUUUGUAACUUGGAGAGCUUGGAGGAUGACUUGAAUGUCCUGCUUCGAAAUUUUUGCGUUUUCGUAAAGGGCGCUGAACAGUUGCGCGCGACGUGUACACUUUUUUCCAAGGCGUCCUCGUUUCUGUGAAUUUCUAAAUUAGUCAAGUCUAAAAAUCAAGUAUUCGGCCACUGGCCCCAAACUAAAUUAUUGUCGUACGAAUAUAGAGAAGAACCCCAUUAAUAAUGAAUAAAACGAUUCAAUA